AUGUCCACAACCUCAAAUCUUCCUUAUCAUCUAGCACCAAAAGACCUCUCAACAGAAAACAAACCCUCAUCUCAGUUUUCCCAGAAAACAAUCUUAGACCUCUUAAACGCCAAAUGCAGUACUUCGCUUCAAUAUCUCAAGCAAGUCCAUGCUGUGGCAUUAAGGACAGGCCAUUUUCAAGAUCAUUAUGUAUCUGGCAACUUAGUGAAAUGUUAUGCAAAUCCUCAUUUCAGUAACUUGGAUUUUGCCUUAGAGGUCUUUGACAAUGUCCCGAAACCUAAUGUUUUUGUGUUUAACAUUGUCAUCAAAGGUUGUUUAGAGAACAAUGAGCCAUGCAAGGCCAUAUGGUGUUAUUACAAGAUGAUGGUUGCAAAUGCAAGGCCUAAUAAGUUUACUUAUCCUACAUUGUUCAAGGCGUGUGGUGCUGCAGAAGCAGCUGAAGAAGGGGGCAAGUGCAUGCUCAUGUGGUUAAACAAGGGCUGA